CCACCCGUUGGCUCUUGUAAUCGAAACUGUAGCAAAGGAAACCAGACAGGACGGACCAUCCGAACACGACCUGAGUCGGUUCCCAGUACCAAAUCGACUUACGAUUUUCAGGGUUUAGAGGCUUCGUCGUUCCGUUCGAUCCUGAUUUCUUCCAUCAUAUGUGGAAUGGGAGAGGACAGACGAUAAGCACUCGAAACACCUGGUAACCCUAAUAUCCGUUUUUUGUUAUUGGAUAUUUUGAAUCUUGAUAUCGCCUGUUCUUCCAUCAGCAGUAUUUAUUUGUAUCUUAAUUAUCGAUAAGAUUCUGUUCAAGAUUUUGAAAUAAAAUCACUGAAUUCGACCUUGAAAAUCCUUUUCCUCCUGUUGAUCUUGAUUCGGGUUGAAUCCCUUGGUAGAUUGGUGAAGCAGGGAAAUGUAUAACGGUAUUGGAUUACAGACGCCGAGAGGCUCUGGCACUAAUGGCCACAUUCAGACGAACAAGUUCUUCGUGAGGCCGAAGGCUGGAAAGGUUUCUGAAGACACCAGAGGAUUCGAAGAAGAUCAGGGCACUGCCGGUGUUUCCAAGAAACCUAAUAAAGACAUUCUCGAACAUGAUCGCAAGCGUCAGAUUGAUCUCAAGCUUGCCAUACUUGAGGACAAGCUCAUUGAUCAAGGUUAUACGGCCGAUGAAAUUUCUGAAAAGUUGAAGGAGGUUCGCAAGAAUCUGGAGGAGGCUUCAGGUUCUGAGGAAAAAGAUGGGCCUUCUGCCAUCGUAAUUGCAGAUAAGAGGGUAUCAGUUACACAGACUCACCAAAUUGCUGCGAGAAAGGAGGAGCAGAUGAAAACAUUGAGAUCUGCUCUUGGGUUGGGUUCUUCGGACGAUUCGGAAACGCUCAAGGAAGGGAUUUCUGAUUCAUCUAGAAGUGGAAGAGAGGGUCAAGAUGCUGAUACUAAGCGUCGUGAGAAGACGGAACAUUCUUUUUUGGACAGAGAAUUGAACUGGAAAAAGCAUGCCGUUGACGACGAUGAAGAUGACAAAAAAAUGGUUUCGAAAGAGUUGAAAGGUCAUCAGAAGGAUAGAAAACGAAGGGCUAAGGAUGAUUCUUCUGAUACUGAUUCUGGUGGAAAGCAUAAGGGAACCAAGAAGAACAUGAGAGAUAAUAGAAGGAAUGAUUCUGAAAGCGACCUUGACAGAGAUGUUGACAAGAAGUACACCGCCUCAAGAAAGACGAAAAAUAGAAGGCAUGAUAGUGAUGAUUCUUUCGAUGCCGAUUCUGGUGGAGAACGCAAGGGAACCAGGAAGCACCUGAGAAAAAACCGAAGAUAUGAUCUCGAAGGUGACCAGGACAGUGAUGCUGACCAGAAACAUAUCACUUUAAGGAAGCAUAAGAAAAACAGAAAGCACGGUAGUGAUGAUUCUUCCGGUACUGAUUCCGGUGGAAAGCACAAGGAAACCCGGAUGAACAGGAGAUAUACUCGAAGAGAUGAUCGUGAAAGUGAUUUCGACAGUGAUGUUGAGAAGAAAUCCACCACCUCAAAGAAGCAGGGGAAAAACAGAAGGCAUGAUAGUGAUGAUUCUAAUUUAUCUACAGAUGGUGAUGAGUUUGGUAUGGGUAGCCACAAGAAAGGCUCUGGUAGACCUAAAAGUCGAAAGGUCAAGAAGAAGCAAAGAAGCCGAAAACAGGAGUCGACUGAUGAAUCCAAUUCCGACAGUGGGAUUGAUCACAAAGACAGGCAACUAAAGCACAAGAACCAGCAUGGUAAAGGAUAUGGAGUAGAUAGUGACAGCUCUGACCACGACAAUUCUGGUUCCGAUUUUGGUCGUGACGAGAAUAAGCAUAGGUAUCGUAGCAAUAGUACAGGAAAACCCAAGGUAGACAGGGAACCCAAAUCCAAGAGUUCAAGAAAGCAUCCUAAGGAAGACAUUGGGAGACGCAGACACGAUACCGAUGACGAUGAAAGUGGUGGUAAGACAGUCGCAAAGGAAAAAAUGGCUGCGGCUAAAAGGAAAUAUGAUGACAGUGAUGAUUCAGAUGAUAGAAAGUACCAUGGUAAACACAAGAGAGCUAAGAAACAUUCUUCCAGUGAUGAUUCUGAUCUAGAGAAUAAUUUGUACAAAUCUAGUCAGCAUACGAUGAAAAGCAAGAGAAAGUUCGAUGAAGGUGGUGAAGAUAACCAGCGAGAAGCGAAGUCUAGAAGUCGAAAAUCUACACGAGAGUCGGAUUUCCAUGGGGACCCCAAGAAAGAACCUGAAUCAAACAGAAGAACUGGCAGUCGUCGGUGCGACGAGGCAAGGGAUGGACGGUUCAGGGACGACUCCAAAAUGGAUAGAAAGUUGACUCGAACAGGAAGGAGAUUUACAGAAGAAGAAGAGCAUGGAAGUACUCGUCAUCGGAAAGCUAACGAGUCUCGCCGGGGCAGUAGGACUGAUGAAGAUAUUGAAGAGGAAAAAAGGCAGAGCAGAUAUGAGGAGCAUAGAGGGAGAAAACAUGAAAGAAGGUAACGGUUCCAUGUUCUUCGUAGUUUUGGCUUAUUGUCUGUAUAAACUCUCUCUACAACUUGAAUCAUGAUGUUUCUACUUUUAUGUAAUGAAACAACUUCAUCUCUUAGGUUGAAAUUAUAUGCUUUAACUAGUUAAACUA